AUGCUGCAGCUGCAAGGAAAGCGCCAAGAGCAGCUGGCGAAACUCGGGGACAGGUUCGAACUGAUCCGGUGCUAUCUGUCCCGGAAACACGAGGCUUUCCCCUCGCCAAACACAGCUCCCGCCUGCCCACGCCCGCGGGUCAGCGCUGGACGGGCUGCCAGCGAGGACGGGCCCCGCUCCCCGCCGGAGCCCCGGCUCCCUCAGGCUGAGGGGCAGCGGCGGCCCCAGCCCCUCAUGGUGCCUCACUCAGCCCUGCUCCCUGCCGGAGCCUCGGCUCAGCCCCGCUGCCGCACAGAGCUCUGGCUCGGCCCCGGUCCCGCACAGAGCUCUGGCUCGGCCGCAGUGCCGCAUGGAGCCCCGGCUCGGCCCCGGUCCCUCACGAAACCCCCGCUCGCCUCGCUCUCACGGAGCCCUGGCACAGCCCCGGUCCCUCCCUGAGCCCCCGCUCCCCCGG